AUGCCUACCACCCACUGUCACUUUCUUCUCUCCCCGUCCCUCUGCGCUCCCCCGUGGGGAGGUCAGAUGGCCACAAUAGUGCGCGCCUGCCAGGUGCUCCCAGACCCGCUCUUCGCAGCAGCGGCGCACGCGGGGGACGACGUGUUUCUCUGCCGCACGGCCUACGACUCGCGCUCCCUCACCUUCAAACGCCUGCCCGCGGGCAUGCGCGCACCUUACCUUGCUUAUGCCAUGCCUAGGGUUUUCUGGGAGGCACUGACCGGCCAGAGGGUCGCAUGGAAGAAAGCUCUUCACUCCCUCAACCUCCGAUUCGCCUCCCCUCGCUCCUCCUCUGCCCCUGGCGGGGUGAACAGAGGGAGGGGCAGGGGUAGAGGAGGUGGGAGAGGAAGGGGGGGUGGGCGGAGGGAGGAGGGGCAGGGGAGAGGAGGAGGAGGGGGAGGAGGAGGAGGAGGAGGAGGAGGAGGGGGAGGGGGAGGGGGAGGGGGAGGGGGAGGAGUGUGUGUGCUGCUGGUGGAUGAGAUGGAUCAGCUCAUCAGCAAGGACCAGAAGGUAGGGAGGAUUGUGGAGCGGUUGGGAAGGAUUGGUGCUGUACAACAUCUUCGAGUGGACCACCUGGAGCUCUGCACGCCUUGCCGUUAUUGCACAGUGGACUUGCCUGAGCGCCUGCCAGCCCACCUGUCCACUAUUGACAAGACCGGCUCCCUUGAAGCCCUUGGCAUCCUGCGUCUCCCCCACUCCCUCUUGUCCCCAUCCCUCUCCUCUCUUCCCGCAGGGAUUGCCAAUGCAGUGGAUCACCCAAGCGCCUGCUCCCCCUUCCUUUCCUCCUCCUGCCCUUUGCACCCUACGCCUCCCCCCCUCCAUCCCCCACCCGUUUCUGGAGCUCACUCACUCUCACCACCCAGGCAUGGCCAACACAGUGGGGCUUCCUGGGUGACUAUUUCCGGUCAUAGCCUGCAGAAAGGGGCUGCACCGCUUGCACUCUGUAUUACCACCCCUCCCACUUUCCCUUUCCCCCCCUCACUCCCUGCACUCUCCCCCUCUCUCCCCUCACUCUCGCCUCUCGCUCCCUUCACUCUCUCCUCACUCCCCCCUCUCUCACCGCUCUCUCUCGCCUCCCCAGGCAUCGCCAACACGGUGGACCUCCCAGAGCGCCUGCUGCCGCGCAUCGCCAGCCGCAUGGGGCUGCACCGCGUGCCCUUUGCGCCGUACACGCGCCACCAGAUAGAGACGAUUGUCGCCGCCCGCCUGCACGUGUGCCAGCUGUUUGCACCGCGGGCCAUCGAGCUGGCUGCACGGAAGGUGGUUGCUAUCGGUCGACGUGCGACGGGCCAUGCUCAAUCAAUUGCUGUUUCUGACCUCACUUGCGCUCCUCUCUUCCUUUCACCAGACGACGUGCGACCUGCCUUCCCCUGCCUGCACGUGGCAUCGAGAUCGGGCGGCGUGCCACGGGCCCUACUUCCACACGGUUCAACCGCUGAGGGUCAACGAGCCUCUAAAUCUCACCCGACCUGCCUUCCUGUCUCCCCCGUUCACCCGACUAUCCUCAACCCCUCCCCUCCCUCCUGCCCUGCAUGCAUGCAGGUGGCGUCUGUAUCCGGGGAUGUGCGGCGGGCGCUUGAGAUCUGCCGGAGAGCCGUGGAGAUUGCCGAGGGAGAGGCCAGGCUGGCAGGGGCUAGCCAUGCAGCCGAGGCGGGUUUUUCUGACGUGGCAGGUGAAGCUGACGUGCCAGGUGAAGCAGAGGUGGGAGCUGGUUCGGGAGAUGGUACGGGAGCAGGAUCGGGAGCUGGGUUCGGGGCGAUGGCGGGAGCAAGUCUGAGACUGGGUCCCGACGCAAGCCUGGUUAAGGAGAGUGCGGUGCGGUGUGGAGGAGGAGUGGAGAGCGGUUUGUCUGUUUUGUUUCAGAAGGGGGGGAGCGGGGAAGUGGCGGGAGAGGAGAAGGAUGCAGGAGAGGGAGUCAGAGGGAAAGGGGAAGAGAAACGGAGAGAGAAAGAACAGGAGAAAGACAAAGGCAAAGAGGAGAAUGAGGUGGGGAACAGGAAGGUUGGAAGAGGGGGUUUGAGCAGGAAUGAAAGGAGAGGGAAAAGGCAUGGAGGAGGUGGGGAGAGAGGGAAGGAGGGCGGUAAUAGUGGUGGUGGUGGUGCUGAUGGUGGUGGUGGUAGUGGUGGUGGGGGUGUGAACGGUGGUACAGCCACCCCUUCACGCCAUUUGAGGCCGAGAAAAGGGGUGCGAAGGGGGGAAGAGGGUGCGAGAGGAGCGAAGGGUGAGGUGACAAGGGAAAUGGAAAGAGGCCUGGGGGGGCGGACUGAGGGGGUGGAAGAGAGAAAGGAGGGGAAAGGGGAGGUGAAGGAAGUGGGAGAUGCACAAGCAGGUGAUAGGGAGGGUGUGGAAAAGGGGAAGGGAGGAGAAGUGGAGGAGAGACAUUGGCGGACGGGUGUAGGGGAGGCUGAGGAAUGGGAGGAAACGGGAAGAAACGCAGAAGGAGCAAGGAUGAGGAGCAGGGAAGCAGUCACAUGCGUGAGGGGUGAAGGAGGAAAGGGAGGAGGAGGGGCCGCAAAUGGAAAGUUGGUGGAGCAUGGAAGGGAGGGAGGAGAGUCGGUUAACGGUGGCGCAGCAGAUUGCAGUGAGAGGGGCCAGUGCGGUCCGGUGGUGGUUCAGGCGGAGCAUGUGGGGGAGGGGAGGCAGGCAUCGGUUGAGGCGCGGCACGUGAGGAAAGCACAGCAGAGGCCGUUGGUGGUGCAGAUCGAGCACGUGGAGGCGGCCAUUCAAGAGAUCUUCUCAUCGCCCCACAUCAUGAUCAAACGCCGCCUGUCCGCCGUGGAGAAGAUAUUCCUCGCUGCUCUCUCCUGUGACCUCCAUCGAUCCGGCGCUUCUGAAUCCACCUUUGCCAGGGUGCACCACCUCUGCAACGCCUGGUUGCAGCACCACAACUCCACCGUCCCUGCCACACCGUCACCCGCUGCACUCUCCUCAUUGGCUGCUGCCAUGUCAGCAGUUCUUCCCGACCAAUCAGAGGCCGCCGGUGGCGGAGGGGGGAAGCGUCUGGUGCAGCAGCCUGGGAGGAAGGAGGAAGCUUCCUGGGAGCUUCCAGUGCGGCUGAAUGUGUCUCACGAUGCCCUGCUGGCUGCGUGUGCACGCCUGGCAGAGUCGCACCUUUUGCUAGCAGCGGGCACUGCCCAGCACUGCAUUCAGCGCAUUCAGCUCAACUUACCCAG